AUGGAAAAAGGCGGUACACCCAAGUCUGUUCUCGGAAUGUAUUAUUAUGUGACAGAGAUGUCCAGUCCUGUUCCGUUCAAACUGCGCGUGUUUUUCGAGAAUGCGGUUCUGAGUCCUUCAAAUACACAGAGAGCCUCUAAAUACGAUCUGGCUAAAGCUGAAAAGAAGUACCAGGCAGAAGCUGGAUCAUAUCAGACGAUUACAGAUGCUCCAGCUUCCAAAGUCCACCCUGUUGCUGCUAAGAAACAGCUGGAGCAGGAUGCCCCUGGCAAAGGUGGCAGUAAAAUUUUCUGUGAAGUCACCAAAGAUGUCUUAUAUCAGAGUGGUGACCCCAGACCUCCCGAGAUCAUAAAACUUCUGGACUGGGAGGACAACGAAGACCACUAUACCAUGGUCAUGGAGCGGCCCAUGCCCUGCGUGGAUUUAAAGACUUUUGUUAAGCUCCACGGAGAGCGUCUCGAUGAGGUCACCGCCAAAAAGAUCAUGUGGCAGGUCAUCGAAGCCGCUAACAGCUGUAUCAAGCGUGGAGUCUUUCACCGGGACAUAAAAUUGGAAAACCUCCUGGUAAACCCAGACAACAUGGAGGUGAAAUUAAUUGACUUUGGUUGUAGUGCGCAAAUGCAGAGAUAUGGCUAUAAAGUCUUCAGUGGCACAAAACUGUACUGUCCACCAGAGGUCACCGUGAAAGGCAGAUACCAUGCGAAGCCUACAACAGUGUGGUCGCUAGGAAUCCUCCUGUUCUUGAUGGCCUGUGGGUAUUAUCCCACAGAAUACGACCUCCAUCUGAUCAGUAAGAGGAGCUGGACCAGACCUGGCCUGUCACAAGAAUGCUGCCAGAUCAUAGCUUCGUGUUUGCAGUCUGAUCCAAAGCGGAGGAUCAAUCUGGAGAAGAUGCUUCUCCAUGAUUGGUUUAAGCAGGUCGUGGAGUAAUACAUGAAGAACUGUCACAACAGCUGUCACAUAUGUGGCUUUCCUGUCCCUCCAUCCACGCCUUGGCGCCUCGACUUGGACCAGCAAUACUUUACAAUAAUAUUUAAAGAUACUUAGUUAAAGAUAUACUACUAUUCUUAUUCAAUACU